CCAACCACCUGAUCAACUUCUACUCCAAAUGCGGCCGCCCCGAUCUCGCACGUAAGGUGUUCGACGUAAUGCCGCAAAGAAACCUCGUCUCAUGGACCGCCCUCCUCACCGGCUACGCCCACCGCGGCCUGCAUGACAGCUGCUUCCGCCUCUUAUCCACCAUGCUCGCUGACUACCUUCCUAAUGAGUUUGGCUUCUCCGCCGUUCUUGGCUCCUGCGCGGCUGCACGCUGCGCUACCCAUGGCCGCCAGUUGCUGCAGUGUCGAUGAGGAGGAUGAUGCUUGGAUUGUCUUUAGGACGAUGCCUUGUCGAGAUGUCAUCACUUGGAAUGCGAUGAUUACCGGCUUCUUAUCCGGUGGCCAUCCACAACGAUCGCUGAACCUGUUUGCUGAAAUGCGUCAAUGCCGCGUUGCGUUCGAUCAGGCCACAAUCGUUUGUGUCAUCUGUUCCUGCUGUAGUCUUCGGCAAUGCCAAGAAUUACAUGGCCUUGUGACAAAGUUUGGCUUUGAGUCCGAGGUCGAGGUCGGUACUGCACUCUUGAAAGCCUAUGCAGGCUUUGGUGGUGAUGGUGAUGAUUGUUUGAGGAUUUUUGAAGGGAUUCAAGAACAUGAUAUUGUGUCCUGGACUGGGAUCAUUGCGGCUUGCGCAGAGCAAGAGCCAGAGAAAGCGAUUCUUCUCUUUUGUCGCCUUCAACAGCAUGAUCUGAAACCUGACAGAUACACAUUUUCUGUAGUGAUCAGAGCAUCUGCCGGCUUUGCAACUGAGCGGCAUUGCUCUGCUCUUUAUUCACUUAUUGUGAGAUAUGGGUUUGGUGAUGAUUUGGUGCUUUGCAAUGCUUUAAUUCAUGCCUAUGCUCAUUGUGGUAGCAUUGGACUUGCGGAGCAGGUCUUUGAACAAAUGACAACCCGUGAUCAAGUUUCAUGGAACUCAAUGAUCAUGGCUUAUGCUGCUCAUGGGCGUGGAAGGGAAGCAUUACGUGCUUUUGCUUUCAUGGAUGUCUUGCCUGAUUCUGCAACAUUUGUUGGAGUACUUACAGCCUGCAGCCACGGGGGAUUGGUUAAUGAUGGUAGGGACCUGUUCAAAGCCAUGUUGGAGGUUUAUGGGAUUGCUCCUCAGCUUGAUCACUUUGCGUGCAUGGUGGACAUUCUUGGACGUGCAGGUAAAUUGCUCGAGGCUGAGGAUCUUAUAAAUCAAAUGCCAAUUAAGCCGGACUCUGUCAUUUGGAGCUCAUUGCUUGGGGCUUGCAGAAAGCAUGGAGAAGCCAAGAUUGCAGAAAAAGCAGCACAAAUGUUAAUGGAACUAGACCCUCAAAAUUCAGUAGGGUAUGUGAUGAUGUCUAACAUCUUUUCUGCCAAAGGUAGUUUUAGCAAUGCCGCCUCUUUUAGGAAAGGUAUGAAAGUGUAUGGGGUGAAAAAGGAUCCUGGAUUGAGCUGGAUUGAGAUUGGGAAUCAUAUUCAUGAAUUCUCAGCUGGUGGUCUUCAUCAUCCCCAAAGAGAAGAAAUAUAUGAAGAACUUAAAAAGCUUGUGAUAAAGGUGAAGGAAGUAGGUUAUGUAGCAGACAUAAGAUUGGUAUUCCACGAGAUUGAGGAGGAGUAUAAGGAAGAGCGCCUUUUGCUUCACAGUGAGAAGUUGGCCUUGGUAUUUGGACUAAUGAAUUCUUCUUCUACUCUAGCUGACUUGAGGAUCAUGAAGAAUAUCAGAAUCUGUGAGGACUGUCAUAACUUCAUGAAACUGACAUCUAAAUGCAUUGAUAGAGAGAUCAUCGUCCGGGAUGCAAAUCGUUUCCACCAUUUUAAGGAUGGGCAUUGUUCUUGUGGCAAUUAUUGGUGACUGAACUGUGCGCAAGCAGGUACUUGUCAAGCCUUGCUCUUCUUAUACAAUAUUAUUCAUCAUUAAUUUUUUUGUAGAAUUAUAAGUUCUAUGUAAAUGGAAACUAAUCUACACCAAAAUUAUGCUUCCUUGCUUAAUGAACUUAAUUCAAAGAGUAUGAAAUCUUGUUUUUCUAACUAGAAGGAAUUUAGGAUCAAGCCACUAAAACAUGGUUGUGGCCAAUAGGUUUGUGUGUUCAUUUGGUUUAGUUUCAAGCUGAAUGCUGAGAUGCGAUAGAACUCUGCAGGCUUUGCUAAGAACAUGGGGACAUCAUGCAUGUUGUUGACACUCUUUUAUUAUAGAGCAUUGUUACACAAUGACACAAAACAAAAAAAUGCAUGUGGUUUUAAAUUGCAUUCUUCUCAAAGUAUGGGCAU